AUGGACGUGCGCCAUGUGCUGCGGACGACUCUGGGCUGGGACUUUUCGUUUGCGUCCUCGGACUCGUCUGUCGCUCGCUGCCUCGUUGCGCACCCGGAAGAUGCCACGCGGUUGGCCGAGUGGCUCGUGCGCGAGCUACCGCCGCUGACGUCGCUAGCGCAGUCCCAAAAUAGCGUCGACAGGAGCCCAAAACAAGGCCCACGUAGCCGCUGUCCGCGAGAUCUCGAGACGCUGUUGGCCAAAGAAUUAAGUUGUAGAGGUUCUGUCCACUCCACGUCGACGACGUCCGCGCGGCCGCAGCGAGAAGAUCCUGAACCCAGCGACGAAGCCGGUCGGUUGCAGCAACAGCAGGGACCGCUGGCCGCUGCGCUGGAGCGCUUGUAUACGGAUGUUCCCCUGUAUACACCCAGCGACAGCGCGACCGCCACGCACCAUCUGUUUGAGAGCGAGGCGACAUCGUGUAACGCCCACUUGCCUACCCUUCGAGGCGUGAUGGCUACAAACCACAACGUGACCUCUUCGUCGACAGUCACUUCAACUUCAACAUACACUUUUGCCGUCUUUGACUACGACGCGCAGUCCCUUCAGGACGUGCUCAAGUACAAUCGGACGGUACUGGGCGACGGGGCGGCCACGCGUGCAGCCUCGAGCAGCACCGACGAGCAGGACGCGCUGGGAGACCUGAAGAAGCGGCUCGUGCUGUUCCAGCUGAGCCGCGUGCUUGCGUUCUUGCACCAACGCGGAUUGGCUUGCAAGGGCUUUUCGCCGCGCGAUUUGUACCUCACUGAUACGUUGUGGCUGCGGCUCGCAGCACUGCAUCGGGUGCUCGACACGUGUGUUACAGUCUGUGCCGGUGCUGAUGCCACUGGACAUGACACAGCCACAAGUGCCAGUGCGUCGGUCCCUCGUGAUCUCACGAUGAGCUCUUCGAGAUCCAUGACAGACCGCUGGGUCACGCGAGACGUGAGCAACUUUGAGUACCUCAUGGCGCUGAACAUGGCAGCUGGACGGCGGAUGGAAGACGGCGUGUUCCACCCGUUUCUUCCGUGGGUCACGGACUUUACUGCUGGUCCCCAUGGCGGCUGGCGCGAGCUGGGCAAGAGCAAGUUCCGCCUGAACAAAGGAGACGCCCAGCUGGACAGCACGUUCGCCUGUAGUGCCGUGCCGCACCACAUUACAGAGAGUCUGUCCGAGAUCACGUACUACAUUUACAUGGCAAGGCGGACGCCAAUGGCGUUGCUUCGACGCGUGGUACGUGGUGACUUCCAAGCGCGUGAGUACCCAUCGACGAUGGCGCGCAUGUUUGAGUGGACGCCGGACGAGUGCAUUCCAGAGUUUUACGCAGACUCGGCUGUCUUCAAGUCGCUCCAUGAUAACAACAUGAACGACCUGCAGGUUCCAGUCUGGUCCGAUGGCGAAGGGGACGAUGCUGCGUCAGUGUUUGUGCGACUGCAUCGGGCAAUGCUGGAGAGUGACGAGGUGUCGGCACAGCUGCACAAGUGGAUCGACUUGAACUUUGGGGCAGCGCUGAGUGGCGCGACUGCGGUUCGCGAAAAAAAUGUUCCGCUUGUCGUGCACGCUGCCAACAAAAGUCCUGGCUUCGUACAGCUUUUCACGGACCCGCAUCCAAGACGUACCGGUCGCUGUCCAGGACGAAAGCAGCAGGAAGCAAAGACACGGUCAGCCGUUGAUCAUGUCGGGACAAAGGCGAACUCACCACGAGCUGCGCUGCGGCCGCGGAUACAUUCUACAAAAGAGGUCAGUGCGAUGCUGUCGAGAGCAAUGCAAGUUGUGACAGAUGCCCACAAAGACGGCGAAUGCCUGUCUUCGUCAAUGGGAGGCGCGGCAUCGGGUGGGUUCAAUGGCAUGGGCGGUGGAGUCCGAGCGGGUGGUCGCGAGGUGGAAGUGUCGCGUCUGGGUCUGCUGCAUGGUCAAGGCUGCGUGGAUGCUGCUGCCGGUGUCAGUGGAGCUGGCGGGACAAAUUGUGGGGGACUGACAGCAGCGUCUCCGAAUGAAGCUACACGUAGCCAGAUCAUCAUGCGCAACCUGAAACAACGUCGACGAGGCAACAAGUCUCGAGUCCGAUCGCAAGCAAAUGGAGCUGACUCCACACCGCCCGCUUCAGCGCACGGUGGACGGGAAGCUUUCUCGCCUCCAGUGUCAGGAUCAAGCGGACUGAGCGCCUCACGGCUUGGAAACCUCUUCCAUUCGGACUCCAACAGCAUCUCCAACAACAACGCUCACGGCGGGUUCCCAAUUCCUCUCGAAACGUCAGUCAGUCCGCCAAACUCGAUGGAGUCAUGCACGAGCUUCGGUAACAAUGCCAACAGUCGAAGUCUGACGGCAGGCAGCAGCCUCACGGAUCAUUUGCGCGUGCUCACGAUUUCGGCACCCCAAACUGCAAGUGCCAACGUCAAUCGAGAGUCGGGUGGGUCAAAUGGAUGUCGAACCUCCCUCUCGCAUCACACUCGACAUUCUUCGCUCGGUAGUGAUGGCUCAACCACUGCUUCGCAUUUGUUGCGCGACUUGUGGCAGCAGCUGCGCCAACCUGAGGAUGAUGGCUCUCUAGGAACGAGCGUUGUUGGCGGACAGGCUGCUACCGGCCAAGCACAUGGCCAUCACCGCAGCGGAAGUGCUGGCCAUGAACUGCAAUUGGCUCUCGGGGGAACAGCAGGUGAUAUGCAGCUCUCGGAGCUGGAUGCUGCUAACGACAUCGAUCCUGCCGUCGACGUCUCUGGACCACUUGACGACGUGGACCUGAAGUUAUUGCAGCUUGGACUGCCGAUCGUUCUUUGUGGCGAUGAGAAGGAGCCACCAGUUGACGCUGAUGUUGGCAUACGACCUGAGCUUGGAGUAGAAGCGUUGAGGGCUGAUGGACAGCAAGCAGUCGCGGAUGCAGUUGUUGACCCGAUUUAUUGUAUCCCUGACGACCGGGUGAACCACACCGCACAGGAGCUCGGCCUGUUUGAACGUGCUCAGGCUGCCGACAUCUUCUCCAUGGGCUGUAUCGCUGCUGAGCUGUACACACACAAGCCCGUGUUCUCGCGGCGGUCUCUAGCAGACUAUCUCGAUGCUUACUCGAAACAGCAGCAACAGCAGCAGCAAGACACGUCUAAAAACGUGACACCUCAAGCGGACGGCUGGAUCGCGGGCAUAUUGGCUGCCCAAUGCAGCCGCGCAAAAGUCUCGCAGCAACAGCUUCCGUGGAACUACGCGCUGUCGGAACGGCUCGUUGGGUUACCGCUCAAUCUGAAGCAAGCAGUGCUCGAUAUGCUCCAUCCAGAUCCACGCGAGCGACUGCUUCUCGCACGUGAGAUUGACGGGUUUGAUGCCGCAGUGCUGGACGACCCGACGUGCGCUGCGAGGAGCGAGGCUUGCGUACCGUCGACACGGUCGCUGAACACAUUUCGCGCGGCUCCGUCUGCACUCUUUCCAAAAGACAUGGUGCUUGUGUACAAGUUCCUGACCAAGCUGCACAGCAUCCCGGAGCGCGACUGGCAUGCCCGCUUCACUGCUGCCAGGCGACUGCUGUCAUCGCUCGCUGGCUUGUCGGAAACCCUUUUUCGCGUGGCAAUGCCAGAACUAGUGCGCUUCUUCCGAGCACGGUCGCACACAGAGACCAUUCGCGCAGAACAGGUGACGGCGGCUGUCAUCUUCUUGCUUCCUGAGAUGGCACGGCAACUCGGACGUGAACGAGCUCGCACUGAGUUGCUGCCCGAUGUCGUGCGGGUCUACGAGAGCAGUGAGCUGGGGCGCUCCUCCUUUCUGCGGUGUUGUCUGGGAGCACCGAGCGUGUUGCUCUCGCUCUUGCGUGCGUUCGGAGCUGCUGUGGUCCUCGACAGUAUCGUUCCUGUCGUGCUGGAGUGGCUUGUGCCACCUGUAGCAGCCGACACCGAUGCAGACUCGAGAGCGUCAUCCACGUCGCUGUCCUCCCGGUCACCACUGCCAUUUGCAGCCGAGUCAGCAGCUCUCACUGCCGUAACGUUUGGCGAGUUGUCGUCGUCAGCGAUGUUGGGCCCGUCCCUCACUGCCAAGUACGUGCUGCCGUUGUUGCUGACGCAGCUGGGCCACGUGAAGAAUCGCUGGACGCACUUGGCCGACUGCAAGACGCUUCGCCGGACUGACAACAAAGGCAGUGGGGCACCUGCGCUCACCGAGGACAGCGAAUCGCACCGAAGCGCCGAGUUCCACAUCACGUUCGUGUCCAAAUCCAAGCUGUACGAGUCGCACCACGUCGCCGACGCAGUGUUGCACGUGUGCCGCGAGUUGGGCGACUUUCCCAUGGCGAAGAUGCUGUUGCCGCGACUGCUGGAAGUGCUGCCACGACUGGUUGCGCUCGCUGAGAAGAUCGGCUCCGUACGCAUCGAAGGCGUUCCCGAAGAGCUGGCGCGCGAGAUCUACGUGUUGCUGCGCGUUUUGCGGCACGUGAUCCGGAGCUUGAACGACACGAGUUCGCUGCAGGACCUCCUGUCCCGACGCUCGCGCAGUAACCUCAUGGAGCUCUUGAAGCAAGCGGCUCCGCCGUUCCUGCAUCCGCGCAUGGCGACCGCUGUGAUCGCAGCUGCUACCUCUGGUGCCCCGCCAGCUGCAUCGUCGACGCACGCAACAAGCACUGCCAGCUCGACCAAGAAGAACGUGCUGCGCAGUCUCCACUUCCUCAAGGAAGCCGACCACCGCAGCCUGCGCGCGUUCACGGCCGUAGGCCUCGCGCGCACGAUCGCCGCCGUGUGUCAGAAGCUCGGGGCCGACGCGACCGUCGCAGACAGCGCCGCCAUCAGCGGCCUCAACGCGUUCCUCAAGCGAUGCAGCGACGUCUACGCCGAGCUCGAAGUGUCCAACUUCCAGUGGGAUCUCGCCAGCGAGUUGGUCAGCGAACUCUGCGUGCCGCUGCGCACGCUCUUGGGCAAAGAGCUCUUCAACCGGCAGUUCCCCAUCGUGGCCAGCAGCUCCGUGCUCCAGUUGCUGCUGCUGCCGCUGAGCAGCAGCAGCGCCGACGUCGGCAUGAGUCGCACCGGCGGCUUCAGCAGUCGCGUCGCGAACAACGACCAGCGGAACGUCAGUGCGCUGGACGACCGCUUGGCGCAGUCGCAGACUCCGCGACGACCACAGGUACCCGUGACAGAAGACGCGGCCGACGACGACGACAUCGGCGGCGUUGACGACAAUGACGUUGACGAGGACGACGAACUCGACGACGACGACUGCGGUCCUGCGGGACCGACGACACCUCCAGAAGAAGACGGCCGACUGCCGCACGCGCCCGAGUUGCUGCGCUUUGCGUACCACGCGGUCCGUCUGCAUUCCGUGCGGGCCACGAGUUUCCUCGGCGUGCCAUCGCACGUGCUCACGGGCCACCGCGCGGCCCACUUUGAGACGGCGCUCCGCAACGAAGUGGCGCUCUUGACGGACGCGCGGCGCCAGCGCAAAGUGGCGGCGACGCACGCGGCCGACCGCGCGACCGCCGACGCCGUGUGGCUCCGCCCGCGCGUGCGGCAGCUGUUUGAAGCGCGACACGCCGACCCGCCCGCAGGACCGCACAACGGCAAUGGCGGCUCGAGCGGCGUGCCCGGCCGGUCGUGGGCGCUCCAGGGAGAGGUCCGGCAGUCGCUCAAAGCGCACUCGAGCGCCGUGCGGUGCGUGAGCGUCGACGCCGACGAAGAGCUGCUGUUGACCGGCAGCCGCCACGGCUCGUGCCGCGUGUGGCGGCUGGCCGGCCACCCCGUGCAGGCGCGCGCCGCGGCGCCGACCGGCGGGUUCGACGGCCGGCCGAUCCUCUUUGUCGCGCGCACGGGCCGCGCGGCCGCCCGACCGCUGAGCCGCAGCGCCGGCGGACCCGUCGACGGCCUGGCCGCUGCGGCCUCGGCGGCCGGCGUGCUGCUCUGGGACCUCGAGACGAGUCACGUGCGGCUGCGGCUGCCGUGCGCGGCCCCGCACGAACCGCUUGUGUCCAUGGCCACGACCGUCCCGGCGGUCGACGUGGCGGUCGCGACGCCGCGCCGCGUCCUGUGCCUCGACGUUCGCUGCGGGCCGCGCGUCGUGGCCGACUGGGGCGCCGACGCCGGCCGCGUCGCGUCGCGAAUGCUCCCGUCGGCCGCACGGCUCCACCUGUCGGUCGUUGCGCCGCUCGCGACGCACGACGCGGCCGCGUACGUCGCGCUGGGCACUGCCAGUGGACAUCUCGUGCUCCUGGACGCGCGCACGGGCCGUCACGUGGCCAAGUGGCAGGCGCUCGACGCGCACGUCCGCGUCGUGUCGGUGCUGCAGCUCUCGACGUCGCUCGUGCUCGUCGUGGGCGCCGAGAAGGACGCGCGCGUGUGGCGGGUACGAGCGCCGCUGGACGACCGCCACGGCGGACUGCACCCCGAGCUCUACGCGACGGUCCACGGCGUGCCCGAAGGCGUGACCGCGGCCCAAGUGUCGGUCCACAAGGCGCUCGACACGACUGUGCUGUACGUGGCGAGCGGCGCGCGCGUCUACUGCGCGCAGCUGCCGACUGCCGACCACAACCAGCCGCUGCCGCUGGUCGUACGAAUGGAAGCCUGGCAGCUCGCGGACGUCGGCAGCAGCACUGCCUCGAGCCGGAGCAGCAAAAGCCGCGCCGUGGCGUCGGCGAUCGCUGUGCUGCCGCUGCGUCAGGUCGUACUACUUGGCGCCGACGACGGCUGCCUCAAGAGCGUCGUGUGA